UCCGGAGCGCUUUUAUCUGUGAUUCUAGACUGUAAAACUGUGAAAUUGCAGUCGCAUUUUGUUUUAUAAAUAUUUAUUGUUUCGGAAGGCGUGCGUUCGUUAUGUGCCAGAUGCAACUGUUGGGUGUUCUCAUCACCAUAUUGCAGAUCAACCUUAUUACCGGUCAAAAUCUGCCCUUUAUUGCCUGUCCGGAUAUCUUUCAGUAUCAGGAAUACGGAAAUGAGUAUAAGGGACUUUUGAAAUUAUUUCUAAAUAAAGAUGUGGAAAACGAGAUGCGUGUCGACUUUUCGCAGCCCGGUAGAACGGAACCGGACUCCCCGGGAUAUUUUGGCUUAUCAGAUGAUGAGAAGUCGGUAAUUUUAAACAUGAUAAACAAUAAGCCCAUAAACUUCAAAAUUGAUUUUCCCACGCCGGGUGUAGUGCCCAAACUUACAAUGGUGUCGCUCAAUGGAGAUACUGUGUGUCAGGCUAUGCCGUUUGAACCCCCCAGCAUUACACUAACUUUGACGCGAAGGCUGGGAGUGUCUAUUCCUUGGAAUAAUCCCCACUGGACAGGACUGUCCCAAGGACAGGAGCCCCCUCAGAGAAGCCGCCCCCAACAGCUUGCCCCAAGCCCGCGGCCACAACAAGUGCCACAGUUACCAAAGCUCGAGACCACGUCCAGAGCUCCACCACCACCACCUUUGAUCCCGCCCGUGCAAUCCACCAAGUCCGUUCCCCGGACAAUCGGACAGCUGAGUGGAGUCUGUGGGCGGGAGAAGACCAUCCAGACGCCCUUCAUCCACAACGGAAUUGAGGUGGAGCGUGGUCAGCUGCCCUGGAUGGCGGCCCUUUUCGAGCUCGUGGGAAGGGACUACAACUUUCUAUGCGGAGGAACCCUAAUCUCGGCCAGAACGGUGAUCUCGGCGGCCCACUGCUUCCGCUUCGGCAGCCGGAGCUUGACAGCUGAAAGGACUACGGUCUCACUGGGUCGAAUUUCUCUCGACUUGAUAUCACCCGGAAAAACUAGUGGCGUAUCACUUCUUUUGCUGCACCAGGACUACAAUCCCAAUGUUUACACCGAUGCGGAUUUGGCUCUGCUUCAAUUGACAGAGACUAUUCAAUUUAAUGACUACAUAAAGCCCAUUUGCUUGUGGAACGAGAACUUUCUGCUGGACCUGCCCUCGGGCUACAAGUCCUACGUGGCUGGUUGGGGAGAGGACGAGAAGGGCAACCGGAACACGCGGCUGGCCAAGAUGACGGACACGGACAUCAUCACCCACUCGGAGUGCCGCGGCAACCUCUCCGAGGAGAAUGCGCGCUUCAUCACCUCGCACACGAUCUGCGCCAGCAAUGCCCAGGCCUCUGGACCCUGUAGUGGCGACUCCGGCGGAGGGCUGAUGCUCCAAGAGGAGGACAUCUGGAUGCUAAGGGGCGUCGUUUCGGCCGGACAGCGAAUGACCAACCGAUGCAACCUCACGCUGCCCGUUAUCUACACGGAUGUGGCCAAGCAUAUCGAAUGGCUACUGGGCAGCAUGUGGUUUUGAGAGAUUAUCUGAUGGAUUGGGUGCCGCGAAUGCUAAAAUAAAUGAUAAAGUAGCUAGUUCCGAA